GGGAAAAAAAUUCAAAAUUGAUUGUUUAAAUUCCAAAAUGUCUUUGAGGCAAAGGAUCCGUAGCUUGUUCAGAAGUAACAAAAGGAAACGUCAAGAUAGCGUGGACAACAGUGGUGAUGAUGGUGGAAAUGCACAAGAAAAGGGCAAUGAACAGGAGGAGGCUAAGAAGGAAAGCAAUGUGGAAAUCUUGCCAGAGCCGUUGAAGGAGUCCGAGUUACCCACUUUCUUUCAUGUGGGACUUUUGGCGAAGAUGUGCCUUGUUCACGGCUACACAAAUGGGCCGUGGAAACUACAGUGCACCUCUAAAACGGAGGAUAACUUCUUUAUGAGCACCUUCGGCGAGGGAUAUCCUACAUGGAAUUCUGUCUACGGAGGACUUGAGAUCUACAAAGAGCAGGGAAACUUUCACGGUUCUUUGGCUUGGUUGACCGACGGAUUCUUCCUGUCGGAUGUUGGAGCCAAUGGUAAAAAUCUAGGAGGGAUGUGGUCUUCCGUCCUUAAGUCUAUGAUCACCACUAGUGAUGGUUUUAAAUACCAAUGCAAAGUGAAGUGUGGUUUCGAACGCAGCCCCGUGAAAAUGGAGUUCUAUAUUCCCAUUUACAAGGAACCCCUAUUUAUGGGCUACAUUCUAGUUGAACCUGCCAAAAGUUAUGUUUUGGGUUACCGCACAGUGUUCAAUGUGGAGGAUAAGAAGUUUGACAUGCACUCCCUUUGCGUGGGCUGUAUCAAAGACUCGAUAGAAGUGGGAAUGAAACUAGAGAAUUUCGAGACUGUUCGAGGAUCGAUAUUUCAGCGCAUUGGAUCGAAGUGGGCCUUGGCUUUGAAGGCAAACCUUUAUGGAAACGUAAAUGCGAAGCUUAUCACCAUUGGCGGUCAGUACGAGUGGGAACCCGGAACAUUGCUGAAGGCAAAACUGCGGGGAGAUACUCGACUUGGAUUUAUUUUUCAACGCAAGCUACGUGAAGAUAUUGAAUUUCUGUUUCACUUUGGCUUUCAAGGAAAAGAUCCUAUUAAUGGAAAGCAUAAGGUCGGCAUGUCUUGGUAUUUUAAUGUUUAGACACUAGGUUACUGAUCGAGUUUCGCUUUUACUUUUUUGAU